UUUGGCCCGUGCGUGGGGCUCGGGUGGAGGGCGGGACAGAGGGGCUGGGCCCAGGCGAAGCUUCUGUUGCUGCUGCUGCGGAGGCCGAGGCCGGGUCGUGGGUCGGUAGGAGGAGUGCCGACGCGGAGGAGCAGCAGGCGAGGUCCUCCGGGGCUGGGAGCCCCACCGCUCUACCGCGCAGUGACCCCGCGCCCCGGCGCUGUCCGACCGGUGGCUGUUCCCUAGGCGGUUGGUGGGGGCGCGGCAGCGGCGGUUGGGGGUGGGGAGAAGCGCGGCGAGGAGACGAGCGAGGUCAGCGAGUUUGAGGGAGGAUCGAGAGCCGCUGCUGCCGUCAUGUCCGAGGACUCUAGCGCCCUGCCCUGGUCCAUCAACAGAGACGAUUACGAGCUGCAGGAGGUGAUCGGGAGUGGAGCAACUGCUGUGGUCCAAGCAGCUUACUGUGCCCCUAAAAAGGAGAAAGUGGCAAUCAAACGGAUAAACCUUGAGAAAUGUCAAACUAGCAUGGAUGAACUCCUGAAAGAAAUUCAAGCCAUGAGUCAGUGUCAUCAUCCUAAUAUCGUGUCUUACUACACAUCUUUUGUGGUAAAAGAUGAGCUGUGGCUUGUCAUGAAGCUGCUAAGUGGAGGUUCUGUUCUGGAUAUUAUUAAGCACAUUGUGGCAAAGGGGGAGCACAAGAGUGGAGUCCUAGAUGAACCUACCAUUGCUACAGUACUCCGAGAAGUACUGGAAGGUUUGGAAUACCUACAUAAAAAUGGACAGAUUCACAGAGAUGUGAAAGCUGGAAAUAUUCUUCUUGGGGAAGAUGGCUCAGUACAGAUUGCAGACUUUGGGGUUAGUGCUUUUUUAGCAACUGGUGGUGAUAUUACCCGAAAUAAAGUGAGAAAAACCUUUGUUGGCACUCCUUGCUGGAUGGCACCUGAAGUUAUGGAACAGGUCCGAGGUUAUGAUUUCAAAGCUGAUAUCUGGAGUUUUGGAAUCACAGCAAUUGAACUGGCCACAGGGGCAGCUCCUUAUCAUAAGUAUCCGCCUAUGAAGGUUUUAAUGCUGACACUACAGAAUGAUCCUCCUUCUUUGGAAACUGGUGUUCAAGAUAAAGAAAUGCUAAAAAAAUAUGGAAAGUCAUUUAGAAAAAUGAUUUCAUUGUGUCUUCAAAAAGAUCCAGAAAAAAGACCAACAGCAGCAGAACUGUUAAGGCACAAGUUUUUCCAGAAAGCAAAGAAUAAAGAAUUUCUUCAAGAAAAAAUAUUGCAGAGAGCACCAACCAUAUCUGAAAGAGCUAAAAAGGUUCGGAGAGUACCAGGUUCCAGUGGCCGUCUUCAUAAGACAGAGGAUGGAGGCUGGGAGUGGAGUGAUGAUGAAUUUGAUGAAGAAAGUGAGGAAGGGAAAGCGGCAAUUUCACAACUCAGGUCUCCACGAGUGAAAGAAUCAUUUUCAAAUUCUGAACUCUUUGCAACAACUGAUCCCAUUGGUACUUUGCUCCAAGUUCCAGAACAGAUUUCUGCUAACCUACCUCAGCCAUCUGGUCAAAUGCCUACACAACCAACUCAAGUCUCCCUCCCACCACCUGCAGAGCCAGCAAAAACAGCUCAGGUUCUGUCUUCAGGAGCAGGUUCACAAGAAACCAAGAUCCCAAUCAGUCUAGUACUAAGAUUAAGGAAUUCCAAAAAAGAACUAAAUGAUAUUCGAUUUGAAUUUACUCCUGGGAGAGAUACAGCUGAGGGUGUCUCUCAGGAACUCAUUUCUGCUGGCCUGGUCGAUGGAAGGGAUUUAGUAAUAGUGGCAGCUAAUUUGCAGAAAAUUGUGGAAGAACCUCAGUCAAAUCGAUCUGUCACUUUCAAACUGGCAUCUGGUGUUGAAAGCUCGGAUAUUCCUGAUGAUGGUAAACUAAUAGGAUUUGCCCAGCUCAGCAUCAGCUAAACCACAGCCCUGGAAGAGGCGGCCUAAGGGGAUUCUACACAUGUGUAUCUCUGUUGCUUCUAUUGGCCUAAACCCACUACUGCCAAAGAACCCAGCAACAAACCUCCUGGCUAGGAAUUUUAGAGGUCUUUCUUUAUGUUCUUCCUGCCAUCAUUCCUCCUUUUUCCCACAGAGAAAGAAAAGUUGGAUCACCAGUGGCCAGCAUCCCCCAAAAGAGUUCCGUUAGUAAACUUACUGCACAUGUUCCGUCUCUUCCUCCAUCUGAGAAGUGACCCAUGUGCCUCAAGGCCCAGGAGGAAGAUCUGUCAGCUCAUUCUUGCCUUACUCCAGUGAUGGCCCAGGUGGAAAGUAGCAGUUAUAUUGGGCUUCCUCAUCCUGCCUAUUCUCCCACACCUGCCAAGAUGUGGGCAUCUUGGGAUAUCUCUUUACCACUGAAGUAGCAAUUAAAAGUUGAUUGUUCAGCUGGAGCCCAGAGAAUUUAAUUUAGUGUUUUUUUCUUUGUAUCUGAUGUGAAUUCUAGCAGCCGUCAUUAGGAAAAAGCACAGCCUCAGAUGGAGGCAGCCUAAACUGUGUUCUUGUUUUGUUUAUGGUGUUUCUAAGCGUUUUGCUGAAGCUGCUCUCAGGCACCCCCUUCUUCAUUGCUCCCUCCAGAAAGGGUUGCUAGCCUUAACUUCAGCUGGUGCAAAACAUCUGACUAGUCGAACUUCAGCCAUUGGAUCCUUCAAAGUGAAGCUUUGGACUGUUUUUAGAGAAAACAUCAAGUAAUGGCUUGUAAAAGUGAAUUUUGCCAGAGGUGGUUUUUGAACAGGAAAAUCAUAACUCAUAUCAUUGGAGAAGUGUUAUUUUCAAAUCUUAAAAAAUUAAAUUGAAAAACUCCUCCCAUGAAAAUCAAUUUGCUUGACCUCCAAGUUGUGAGAAAAUCGGUUUGCAAGGCUGAGCUUUCUACAGCAAUAAAGGAGACUCACACUGGGCCAGAGAGGCCUGUCUUCUGCCCCCUCUCCUGCACUGACCCUUUGGAGGGGGUUCCUGUGCGCUGAACCUGACUCAAGAUGGAAAGUGAAACCACAUGUGCCGUGACCUUUAGGUUUUAUGAGUAGACAGUGUUCAUUUGAUUUUCUACAGAAAUAAUAUAAAUUAUUCUUUAGGUUUAAAAAAUGAGCACUCAUAAUGCAAUAUGUGAAUAAUCAGUAGGGUUGAUUUUUCUUUUUUCCUACUGUUUCAUAGUCAGCCUAUGUCUAAUGCUAAUAACCCUACCAGGUUUUAAAUAUGAAUGGGAUACUCAAUCUGGCCUUAAAAAGACACACAAAGAUGGGCUGUGGGCCCAUGGAAAGGGGAGUGUGCCUUUUUAGAGAAUCACUUAAGCCCUUUCCAACAUUGUUGUUCUGAUGAACAAGAUUGCUUUUACUUAGUGUUUUCUUGGAACAUAUCUGAAAGCUUUCUUCACAACUAACUUGCCACACCUUUUCACUCUGAGCCCGUAGUUUUAGUCAUGGACUUUCUUCACCUGCCCUAGGUGCAAAGGCAUGUUGGGAAAGGGAUGGAUGUUGAGGAGGAAGAGAAGGGAUGAUUUGGGAUGGGGGUUGAGAUAAGAGUAGAUCAGAAGAUCAGACCUAAAGUCCAAGGUCCUAGAAGGAUUGGUAAAAGAGGGAGUCUGCUGAGCUCGGAGGGAGAAAAGAAGAUCGACUAGCUUGCUAGAAAAAUACCGAGCUUUUCUUUUCUUUUCUUUUUUUUUUUUUUGGGUGGGGGCAGCAAGGAUGGGAAGGUGGGAAUGGAGUAUGGAGAAGAAAUAGUGUCCUCUUUGGCACAAGACUAGUGGCUUACCUUAGAGUCUGUUUAUUUGGUUUCAAACAAGCCCAUCAUAAUCUACUAAUUUAUGAAACCAAGAGGUGGUGACAUCACUCUGUUCUGGCUUUCUAUUUGGAGGUGAUCUGGCACCCAGGCUGGGAGUGAGCAGCAGCCUAUCCCCUUGAUCACUUUCUCUGGCCCACCAUUACUUUUGAACCACAGUGGGGUAGGCAUGACAAUAGAAGUGGGCUGGGUAUUCUCUUUUCAGUUGAUUGUUUGCCUUGCUGGGAAUUAGGACAUCGACACCAAGUCUCAGGACAGUGUUAUUUCUUCCUCUGCAUGAUGUGUGGUGGACUCCUUUUGCUGGCUUGUGUGGUAAUGCUGAGAAAAUAAGUGAACCGAGACUGCCCGGGUGGGACAGCAUGUAACCUAGUGAGUGACCUCACUCCUUUUCAGGUGUGGUAGUUCAGGGUGCACCUCUAUCGCUAGGUCCCUAGGAUCCCCUUGUCCCUGAAGUAGGGACUAACUGUAGCACAAACUAAUAUGUGCCAAUGCUAUUUGUGAAAUGUAUGAUCUUUCUAAAUGACUAAUGGAUUCGUUUGGGUUGUUUGCUUAAGUUUUGAACCAAAUGCUAGAGCCAGCUGAUACUAUUUAAAAAUCUGGAAGAUAGAAUAUUGGUGUAUCAAUAAAUGGAAGUUCCUCCUUAUGAUGUGUGCUAGAUUAUGGAAGAUGUAAAAUAUUCAACUCUCCCCCUGCCCCUGUUUUUUGGAUGUUGUAUUUUACUGCAUGAUUCCUUCAUUUUUAAUCAAUAAAGAGUAAAUUGUC